AUGCCAGCACAUACACCCAAAGACGCAGCCCUAAAAAUCAACAAAGUCCUAAAUGAGUUCGGUAGAUCUCCUUUACAUGGCACAGAACUCGCCGACCCACGAUCGCUAAAGGCUAGCCCUGAGAUAGUGUUGGCGAUGGCACUUGACGCCCUGAUCAAAGCAAGGCCAAUAUCUCACGAGUUGACGCAGAAAACGAUCAAGGUCCUAAUCGAGGCUAGCUACCAUGACAUCAACGUACUUUCUGAAACUACGUGGGAAGAUCGAACAAUGAUUUUGCAAGACGGAGGUUACAACCGGUAUCGAGAGCAGGGUGCUACCAACCUCGGUGAGCUUGCGAAGCUAGUUGUUGAGAGAUACGAUGGCGAUUUGAACAAUCUCCUCAAGUUGGCAGACGGCAAACCCCAUAAAGCUAGAAUAUUACUGAAGGAGAUCAGGGGAAUGGGUGACUUGGCAGUGGAGGUAUUUUUCAACAAUGUUCAAAGCAUAUGGCCAAGCUUUGCUCCUUCUAUCGACUCUCGGAGCUUGAAGACCGCAGAUGAGAUCGGGAUUGGAACUGACAUGGACGAAAUAUACAAUGCGCUAGAGCAGGACCCCAUGCGCAUGAGUUGGUUCGCUAAUGGCCUCUCUGAGGUCCGACUGGAGAGAAGGCAGGAUGUAAUCGAGGAACUUUGA